AUGAGCUCUAGCGGGCACUUAGAUCCGUCUCCACCGCCGCAAUAUGCCAAUGGUCUUAUGAAUGACAGUGCUACCUACGGAGCAGAACGACGAAUGAACCCUCCUUAUGCUGAUGUGGUGAAUGGGACGGCUCCCCGUUACAUUCCACACGGAUUCCCCGUACAGAAUAAUUUUCUCUAUGGCAAUCGGCCCCACGGAGUGGACGUACAAGGUUAUCCAACAUACGCGGGUGUUAUACCCCAGCAGUACAGCCUUCCUCAGAACGGCUCCCAAUUUCUGUACGCUACAAAUGCGGACCCUUUAGAUCAAAUUGUUCAUUUUAUGGCAUCAAACAAGGCCUGCCGCUACUUUAUGCUCGGAAUAUGUACGGAACAAUACUGUGGUUGCACGCACGAUGCAACGUUCCGUGACACACUCAUGGGGACUCUUUUUGGAGAUGCUUGGGAGGAGCUCCACCGCUAUGUUCAGCAGAAAACUCCGACCAGGAACUUAUCGAAAGACCAUGCGGAUAUAAGUGUCAAAAAAGACCAAGAAGCAAACCCCGUCAGCGCUCCUGUUAUCGGAGAAGAGUGCGAAGUCCGGGCCUCUUUACCCAAACUACCGAGCACUUUGAAUCCUGCGGCUGGGAUAUAUAUGCCUUCCUCGAUGUCAGUCACACAUGAUCAGACAGAGAGCAGUGUUUUGAUGGAGGAGGAGAAAUUGGAAAUUCAGGCGUGUGCUGAUUCUGAAAAUAUACCAGCCCAAGACUCAGUAAUAGAACCCACCUCGCCCGCUCGUCAGCAUGGACGACACAGACAAAAGUUACAUGCAGUUCGAGAUCGAGUGAGCGUGUGGGGGAAGGCGGCGUGGAGGAAGACGGCCAAGACUCGUCGAAAGACGAACAGCCAGAGCGAUAGUAAGGCUGCGCUGGAGCAAGAGGGGCCGUGAUAAUAAUGGUUCCACGAACAUGGG